AUGGGUGACCAAUCCGUUUUUGGGGAGGCGACGAGUUCGAAAAGUGAAGUUUUUUCAGCAGAGCUAGAGGUGAAUGACGAAAAUUUGCCUCCAAACGACGACAUGGUGUUUGAAGAGAUAGAAAAUUCUGGAAAAAAUGAUGGAUAUGAGUUCUCGAUUGCUGAAUCCCGGUUUGAUUUUUGGAUAAAGGCGUUGAUGUUAAGGUAUUGGGUGGAUUUUGGCAACCAAUCAAAAUAUCGAGUAAACUGGCUUAGAAAAACACAUCCGCUUGAUGAAAAUGUAAUUGUUGAAAUUAUUAUUCAUGUUAAUAAAGUUCAAGAUGAUGCCUCUGAUGUUGACGCGCUAUCGAUAAUCCGCUGUUAUUCUCAAUUACAAUAUCGGUGA